AGUUGAAUAUUCCUUCCUAUUCGAUGACGACUCCUAGUCUCGACAACCGAACGAGAAUCACUAGCGUCUCUAUAGACCAUGGUGCUCUCGGACUGGUCAAUGAGGAGCGCUUGAAGUCUCGGUUAGCCUCGUCAUUUGGAUUGCUAACUCAGGGCCGACUACCCCAUGUAGUCGGUGCAGCCGUCGUAGCCGGCGCGGUAGCAUAUGCUGCUCGCGAGUUAUACAAUUUGCGACAACAAGCGUCGACUCUGAGGAAGCAGUUGCAAGAGGCUCACAAUAAGCUCGGGGAAAAGGAGUCAGAACUGCACCAAAAGACGGAGGAAUUGGAGCUCCUCCAUAAGAAGUGGCAAGGCGCAGCUCGUAUGCUGCUCAGUCGCGCCGUGGUGGCCAAUGAAAUGCAGGAAACCAAAACAAGUUCACCGUCGGGUACUGAGAGCACCUCUCAUCCACGAGGUGUAGCGAGUCGACUGGUCACCGCUGCAACGGGUUCAGGAGCGACCAGAGUCGCUGCCGCAGCGGCUAUGAUGUGGUUGCUCCGACUAAGGAUUUCUGCUGGAGGCUCACUACAGCUUCGCGGAGGGCCACAUAUAAAAGCCAAAUUUGGUGUGAGCCGUCCACUGUGAAGAACUGAAUGUGGCAACGCAUGUGUAGCAGCAGCAAGCAACAUGCCUCGUAUGGCAGUUGAAUAUUAGCAGCAGCAUCGUGCUGCUAAGUUGACA